AUGAAGUUACCAUAUCGGCCGUCCAAUCCGGAAUGGGGUCGAUUCACCCCCCACGGAGUCAACACGUUUGUCUUCAUCUCAGCCCACCGCGUCAGCCCUCUCGACUUCGCCGUCAUCGGCCUUUCACCCCGCGGGAUGCGCUCCCAGUGGCGCGCACCCCAAUCCAACGGUCCACAAUCGUCCUCGGAGCAGGGAGGAGGGGAGGAGGAAGUGAGCGGGGGGUGCGUGUGGGUGUCGUAUGAGGGGCCGCACACCAUCAAGGGCAGCUUGGAGUAUCUGUUUCCGGGCGACCAUGGGGGCAUGCCCUAUGAGACCAUUGUCAUCCGCUGCAACCUCGAUAAACGCACCCCAGCUGACCCUGGUGAGUACCUCUUCAUGCCCUAUGAGACCAUUGUCAUCCGCUGCAACCUCGACAAGCCCACCCCAGCCGACCCUGGCGGUGCUCUCUUCUACCACAUCUCAGGAAGAGAUAUGCUGGUAUACCGAGAAGACGACCUCAGAACCCCUUCCUCUCUUGCUGCUGCUGCUGCCGUGGGGGAAGGGAAUUUGGAGGCGGAGGGGGCUGCUGCUGCCAAGCGGAUUCUCAACCCGCCGCGGCCGUUGCCACACCACAUCUCCUUCUGCUCGCUGCUCAUUGACCGCGAGCACACCCCAGCGCGAGUGCUAGAGCACAUGCAGUAUCUGCUGUUCUUCGGAGCAGAUGAUUUCAUCUUCUAUGAUGGAGGGGGGUUCUCGAAUCGCCUGCGGGAUGCCGUGGCGAGGUUCACAGACGCGGACAUGCUGCAGGUCGUGGACCUGCGGGGGCUAGCAGAUUUGCCAGCACGACACAAUGUCAUCACAAUGAACGACUGUCUGUACCGCACGCGAUUCACCUCCGAGUGGGUCAUCUCGCUCGCCUUUGACGAGCUGCCUCACGUCGUCGGCCCCUUCCGCCUCUCCACCCUCCUCGCCUACCAUGCCGGCCGCCCCUGGCUGUCCAUGGGAUCCUACUCCUGGCACAUCGAGCUCUGCCUGCCCAUCACAGCGCCCGACCACUGGCUACAGCAGCGCAUGGUGUUCCGAUCAGUGCACCCCACAUGCCAUCCCAACGGCGCCGCCAUCACCCCCACCAUCACCCCCACAAUCAUCACCACACCUCCUCCUCCCCCUCCUCCUCCUCUUGAUUUAAAUGCAACCUCUGCCAACACCACUGGCAACGCCACAACCAGCCAGCUAUCUGACCCAGCAGCAGCAGCAGCAGGUGGUGCAAACGCGAGUGUGACUGUAACGGAGGGGCCAUCAGAGCCGUUGUUCUCAGGAGAUCCCAACAUGUGCCUUGGUGAAGCAGGCAUGCGGCGUGUGAUGUUUGACCCUCGCCAGGUCCGUGACGGAGGGGCCAUCGGAGCCGUUGUUUUCAGGAUAUCCCAACAUGUGCCUCGGGGAAGCAGGGAUGCGGCAAGCGAUGUUCGAUCCUCGACAGGUGCAAGCCAUGGCAGAGCAUUACUCUGCCAUUCCCUUUCCUCUAAUUCUCCUCCAAUCCUCUUCUUCCUCGCAUCCCCUCCUUGCUCUCCCUCUCAUUCCCCCACCCCACCAGGUGCAAGCCAUGGCAGAGCAUUACUCUGCCAUUCCCUUCCGGGGGGGAGUGGAUUUAAACGCUUCUGUUAUGCACACAAAUAA